UCUUUUCCUUUUCGAACUCCAAGAAAGAAACACGCAAGUUUGUUUGGACUCCAGUUGAGUCGCCAGGGUUAUUUGCGGCACAAGGUUUCCUGACCUGGGCGGCGGUAACCGAUCGUACACCACGCUGAAAACAAAUAUGGACGCGUGCACUUUCGAUUUUUAAACAAUAUCUUCGAAAAUCCUGAUCGUUUCACUGCAUCUUCGAAUCAAAUCCAAACAUGUUUCUAUAUAACCUAACGCUGCAAAGGGCGACCGGCAUCACCCAUGCCAUCCACGGCAAUUUCUCGGGAACAAAAAUCCAAGAAAUUGUUAUAUCCAGAGGCAAGAGCUUGGAGUUGCUCAGGCCUGAUACAAAUACAGGAAAAGUACACACUGUAUUGACCGUUGAAAUAUUCGGCGUUAUAAGGUCGCUUAUGGCCUUUCGCUUAACGGGCGGUACAAAAGAUUAUAUUAUAGUUGGAUCUGAUUCAGGAAGAAUCGUGAUAUUAGAAUAUAUCCCAGCAAAAAAUAUCUUCGACAAAUUGCAUCAAGAGACGUUCGGUAAAUCCGGCUGCAGGAGAAUCGUGCCGGGACAAUAUAUUGCUCUGGACCCGAAAGGGCGAGGUGUUAUGAUUGGCGGCAUUGAAAAACAGAAAUUGGUGUUUAUUUUGAACAGAGACUCUGAAGCACGAUUAACCAUAUCUUCCCCACUAGAAGCGCAUAAAAGCAAUACAUUAGUAUACCACAUGGUUGGAGUGGAUGCUGAGUAUGAUAACCCAAUGUUUGCUUGCUUGGAAAUUGAUUAUGAGGAAGCCGAUUCUGAUCCUACCGGAGAAGCAGCACAGAAAACCCAACAAACGCUUACUUUUUACGAGUUAGAUUUGGGUGUAAAUCACGUUGUGAGAAAAUAUUCAGAACCACUAGAAGAACAUGCCAAUUUUUUGGUAACUGUUCCUGGAGGCAAAGAUGGUCCAUCUGGAGUUUUGAUUUGCUCUGAGAAUUAUUUAACAUAUAAAAAUCUGGGUGAUCAGCCUGAUAUUCGUUGUCCAAUUCCUAGAAGGAGAAAUGAUCUUGAUGAUCCUGAGAGAGGAAUGAUCUUUGUUUGCUCUGCAACACAUAAAACUAAAUCCAUGUUUUUCUUCCUUGCUCAAACUGAACAGGGUGAUAUAUUUAAGAUAACACUUGAAACUGAUGAUGACAUGGUGACAGAAAUCAAAUUGAAAUAUUUUGAUACAGUCCCUGUGGCAACUGCUAUGUGUGUUAUGAAAACUGGAUUUUUGUUUGUUGCUUCAGAAUUUGGAAACCAUUACUUGUACCAAAUUGCACAUCUUGGAGAUGAUGAUGAUGAAUUGGAGUUCAGUUCAGCAAUGCCUUUGGAAGAGGGUGACACUUUCUUCUUUGCGCCAAGACCACUUCGAAACCUGGUAUUGGUAGAUGAGCUGGAAUCUUUAUCUCCAAUUUUAUCUUGCAAAGUUGCGGAUUUGGCUGGAGAAGAUACUCCCCAAUUGUAUAUGCUGUGUGGAAGAGGUCCAAGGAGUUCUUUGAGAGUACUUCGCCAUGGCUUGGAAGUAUCAGAGAUGGCAGUUUCUGAACUACCAGCAAAUCCCAAUGCUGUCUGGACAGUCAAAAAGAAAAACGAUGAUAAAUAUGAUGCUUAUAUUAUUGUUUCCUUUCUUAACGCUACACUGGUAUUAUCUAUUGGCGAGACUGUGGAAGAAGUUACAGACAGUGGAUUCCUGGGAACAACGCCAACACUAUCGUGUUCAGCCCUUAGCGAUGAUGCUUUAAUUCAGGUUUACCCAGACGGUAUUCGACAAAUCUGUGCGGAUAAACGUGUUAAUGAAUGGAAAGCUCCUGGAAAGAAAACCAUCGUCAAGUGUGCUGUCAACCAGAGACAAGUUGUUAUUGCACUUAGUGGCGGAGAAUUGGUGUAUUUCGAGAUGGACAGACUUCACGAAUAUAAAGAACGCAAACGUAUGAACUCAGAUGUUGUGUGCAUGGCGCUUGCCAAUGUUCCACCAGGAGAGCAGCGUUCUUGGUUCUUGGCUGUGGGUUUGGCCGACAGCACAGUUCGUAUCAUGUCUUUGGAUCCCAACGAUUGCCUUUCUCCACGUUCAAUGCAAGCGUUGCCAGUAUGCGCGGAGAGCUUGUGCAUUGUUGAAAUGGGAUGUACUGAACGCAAUCCCGAAGACGCUGCUGCGGCAAGUACCACGAGUUCGUUAUACUUGAAUAUAGGGUUACAGAACGGUGCCCUUCUCAGAACAGUAUUAGAUCCAGUUUCUGGAGAUUUGACAGAUACAAGAACUAGAUAUUUGGGAUCAAGACCAGUAAAAUUGUUCCGUAUACAAAUGCAUAAUUCAGAGGCAGUUUUAGCUAUGAGCAGUCGCUCUUGGUUAAGUUACUAUUAUCAAAGUAGGUUCUAUCUGACCCCACUGUCUUAUGAGAGCUUAGAGUAUGCUUCCGGAUUCAGUUCUGAACAAUGUCCAGAAGGCAUUGUGGCCAUCUCCACAAAUACUUUGCGUAUUUUGGCUUUGGAAAAGUUGGGAGCAGUCUUCAAUCAAAUCUCUUUCCCAUUGGAAUACACUCCAAGAAAGUUUGUUAUACAUCCAGAGACAUCAAACUUGAUCAUAUUGGAAACUGAACACAAUGCAUACACGGAAGAAACUAAGAAGCAGCGUAGACUCCAAAUGGCCGAGGAAAUGCGCGAGGCUGCCGGAGAGGAAGAACAAGAAUUGGCUAAGGAAAUGGCAGACGCUUUCCUUAAUGAAGAUUUACCAGAAAACAUAUUCUCUGCCCCAAAAGCGGGUCAUGGAAUGUGGGCUUCAACAUUAAGAAUUCAAGAUCCAGUUCAUGGUACAACUCACAAAAUCAACAGAUUUGUUCAAAAUGAGGCAGCCAUGUCUCUUACACUUGUCAAAUUCCAUGGACAACCUGAACAUCAAUGGUUUUUGAUUGUCGGUGUAUCACGAGACCUCUUCCUCAAUCCUAGACAAUGCAGUGCUGGUUAUCUCGAUACCUACAAGGUCGAUCCGAGCUGUCGUGAAAUAGAAUUGAUCCACAGGACUCCUGUUGACGAAGUGCCUUACGCUUUGUGCGCCUACAAUGGACGUUUAUUGGCCGGAGUUGGUCGUAUGCUUAGAAUGUACGACUUGGGAAAGAAGAAGCUUCUGCGAAAAUGUGAGAACAAGCACAUUCCUAAUCUUAUCGUCAAUAUUCAAGCAAUGGGAAAGCGAAUUUACGUAGCCGAUGUACAAGAGUCUGUGUAUCUCAUAAGAUACAAACGCGCAGAAAAUCAGUUGAUCAUCUUCGCCGACGAUACCCAUCCGAGGUGGAUCACUUGCACUUCUAUCCUCGAUUAUGAUACUGUUGCAACAGCCGAUAAAUUUGGAAACAUCGCUAUUGUAAGAUUGCCUCCUAAUAUAAGCGAUGACGUAGACGAGGAUCCUACUGGGAAUAAGGCGCUGUGGGAUAGGGGUUUAUUGAAUGGUGCAUCGCAGAAGGCCGAUACCGUUGCUACAUUUCAUGUUGGUGAAACUGUUACUUCACUUCAGAAGGCCACUUUGAUUCCUGGUGGAUGGGAAUCUUUAAUUUAUACUACCCUUUCGGGCACAGUAGGUGUGUUGGUUCCAUUCACCGCGCACGAGGAUCACGAUUUCUUCCAGCAUCUCGAGAUGUACAUGCGCAGUGAAAAUUCUCCGCUUUGCGGAAGAGACCACCUAUCGUACAGAAGUUACUACUAUCCCGUGAAGAAUGUGAUCGAUGGUGAUUUGUGUGAGCAGUACAACUCCCUGGAUCCGGCCAAGCAGAAGAGCAUUGCGAACGAUCUGGAAAGAACGCCAGCGGAAGUGUCCAAGAAGUUGGAGGAUAUCAGAACGCGAUACGCCUUCUAAUUUAUUUAUCAUAUUGAUAAUGUACAUAGUAAUUACAUUUUCUGUAAACAUGAAUUAUAACUUAUUCAAACGUCAAGGAUUCCAAAGACUAUUAAGUUUAAAGGUCAACCUGCAAUUUCCCAUAUUGUUGUGGCAUCUCUAAUUAAAGAAUACCAUUGGCAAUGUUUUAACAGUUCGAUUACUCAAUUCAUGCAAGAUUCAAAUUCUUUUUACAACAAGGUAUUCCAUUUUUUAAAUCUAUUCUGUUAGUCAUUAUUUUUGUAUUUCUUUUG